AUGCGGAAGAAGGUUCUAACUGACUACGGGGCAGGAACGCCGGAGUCCCAGAUCACUUUCGUCUCUGUGAGGGUUUUGUCUGCUGAUAUCACCGUUAAAAACAACAUGAAGACGGGUGGAUUUCUAAGCAGGCGGCCACAGACGUCUUACUCUGAUCAUCGGUUUGCCCCGUCCCCACGGAUACGGUCAGCAAGCUGUAAGCCCGACCCCUCCGCCAUGCCCCGAUCACACGUCAGUAUAGCACGAUUUUACGAUUGGUCAGAAGACCUUGGUGACUGUGUGUCCGUGUCAAAAUUUUACAGGGACCUCGCUGCCGUACAACGUAAUGGAACCGACAGGUUACGUGGUAGGACGCCGUGGUGUUCAAACGGUGUCCGCGUGAGUCCUGGAAGGAUGUUUCUGAGAGACAAAGCAGGACUCACAAAGGGAGAAAAAGACAUCAUCGAAGGCAUCUACCGUAACAGAGGAGAUGUGUUAAAGGACGAGACACAACAAGUCACUACUAAAGACGAGUGGCAACUCGUGAAAAGUCAUAAAGACGCUUGGUUGGUGGGUAAAUCGGUACCCAAAAAUGGGGUCCGUUCCGAUGGAAUCCGUGCGGAUUCUUCCGUUGAUCUGAAACUUCCAGAUAACUUGUUCAGUCGGUCUGUGGAUGUGAGUAACAAUUCGGAUAGUAUGAAUCAGUCGACAAUUGCGGAAACAAAUAGUGAACCAGUGAAAGAGGAUGACGUUCUUGUAGCUCCGCCAUCGACUCCAGACAGAGAGCUUACGAAUGGCACUUUUUCGGAUAAUUCUUCGUCAGCUAACAGCAGAAAUCGGACGGUAUAUCGGUGCGGAGAAAGAUCGGUUAUGAAUGAGUCUGACAAUAUACUGGCCAAGAGCCAAACGUUCAAAUUAGAAUCCCCCGAACCCCAGAAACGGAAAGUUUUUGUCAACGUAUUUCUCCCUCAAAGUUCCCCGGAAUUACUGCAUGAUCGCACGCGCUCCUCCUUGGAUAAAGAUCGAAGUUCUUUGACAAGAGGAAGUGUGCGACGAGACGGUACGAGAUUCUCGCGAUAUACCGGUGACAGUUUUGUACCAUCCAUUUCUUAUUCUGAACCGCGUAGACACCAGCGUGGACUUGCGGGCACAGUCAGUUCCGUAGGUGACUGA